AGCUGUAUGUGCAGGCAGAGUGGUAGUGUUGGCUAAAUCUCUUUAGUUCCAUAAAAAGUAGAAAUUUUCGACAGGAAAAGCGCUGAGGAAAUGCAAAUUGUUGAUAGUUACAAUACUUGUCGUCAACAAAAGUCAUAAAGCCAGCAAUGUGAGGAACUGAGUCCCAGUAUUGGUUUGUGCGUUGAGUAGUCUAUGACAGCGACAGCGGAACGCUGCUCAGCUAGCAACCAUCGAUUUUUUUCGAUCCGAGGCGAGAAUCUAAAACGAAUGUGGCUGCAUCUUUUCUCUCUUCCUCCUCGUCGCGAUUGAGCAAUCUCAGCAGUAGAAUUAAAUAGAUUAGAUUACCAUGACAAAUACCGAUCACGUUGCUCUGACACUAGCCUCCACCUCAAUAACGGGAGGCGUGCCCAGCGAUGACGGCAAUCUUUCACUUUCCCGCAAGAGUCUGCGACGAUCGUGGAAUCAGCUGCCCCGUUGUCAACGCAAUCUGAUUAUAAUGGGCUUGACGGCAUUCUGUUUUACGGCGCUGCUCUUUCUGCCCGGCGAUCAGCUGAUCAACAUAAAGGAUGUCCAUCUGAAGCCGGGAGCAGCUCCAUUCCAUAUACGGCGAGAGAAUACCCUACAGAAUCCGCAUCACCAUCCGCACAGUGCGCAAAGCAAGGAUGGCAGCAGUCUUAUCAACGAAUUACCCGGCGAUAUUUCGGCAGCGGUCGCAUCGCCAAUGACGGUUGGAAGCCACCCGAUUAAGGCAAAGCCGGCAAUUGAUAAGUUUGAUGGUACUAUGGACUAUCCGAUGGAAACGAACUCAGCGGAGAACGUUGUUAAUCUGCCCGAAACGGUUCACUCUCUCAAUGAGAAUGGCAAUGGACUAAUCGACAUUGUCAACAACGUGGAACAGACCCUUGAGCAGCAAUCCUCGCUGGCUCUCGAUGAACCCUCGAGUAUACGUGACGAACUGGAGGAGGCCAUUCGACAGCCCAGCAAAUUGGCAAAUGUCGACAUAAAGCAGCAUCUGCUGCAGAUGGAAUCACAGCUGGCAAAGGCCCAGCAUUUCCAUGGGGCUACCAAUGAGCGCCAGGCUGCAGUUGUGGCCGCCUUCAGGCACUCCUGGGCCGGUUACAAGAAGUACGCCUGGGGCCAUGACAAUCUAAAGCCCGUCUCGCAAGGCUCCCACGAGUGGUUUGGCCUCGGACUCUCAAUAGUGGACUCUCUGGACACAAUGUACAUAAUGGGAUUAGAAGACGAGUUUAAUGAGGCACGCGAUUGGGUGGCGAAUUCGUUGCACUUCCAUACCAAUCGAGAUGUGAAUCUCUUUGAGGUGACCAUUCGGGUGCUUGGUGGUCUUCUGUCCGCCUAUCAUUUGAGCGGCGAUAGAAUGUUUUUGGUUAAAGCAUCUGAGCUGGGCAAUCGCUUGCUGCCCAGUUUCCUCUCACCAUCGGGCAUACCCUAUUCGGAUGUGAACUUGGGUGAGAGAUCUGCGCAUUCGCCCAAAUGGUCACCGGACAGCUCAACUAGCGAAGUGACAACCAUACAAUUGGAGUUUCGUGAUCUCAGCCGCUCCACAAAUGUUCCUAUUUAUGAGCGUGUGGUGAACGUGGUAAACGAGAAGAUUCAUGCGCUGGAUAAGAGUCAUGGCCUGGUGCCAAUAUUUAUAAAUGCCAAUACGGGCACCUUUCGUAAUUAUGCCACCAUCUCGCUGGGCGCACGUGGCGAUUCAUAUUACGAGUACUUACUUAAGCAAUGGCUCCAAACCGGUCGCAAGGAUAACGACAAUCUUAUACUGGACUACAUGCAAGCAAUCGAUGGCGUCCUCACGCAAUUGAUGCGACGCACGCCACGCGAAAAAUGGGUCUAUAUUGGGGAGCUGAUAAAUGGACACGAUUUUAAGCCGAAAAUGGAUCAUCUGACGUGCUAUUUGCCCGGCACCCUGUUGCUGGGCCAUCAGAAUGGUAUGCCCGAUUCGCAUCUGAUGCUCGCCAGAGAUAUGAUGGACACCUGCUAUCAGACGUACAUCAGACAACCCACUCAAUUGGCAGCGGAGAUAUCAUAUUUUGCACUGAACGAGAAGGACGAGAAUGAUAUUUAUGUGAAGCCGAACGAUGCACACAAUUUGCUGCGACCCGAGUUUAUUGAGAGUCUUUACUAUUUCUAUGCGCUUACUGGCAAUCGCACUUAUCAGGAUAUGGGCUGGAACAUAUUCCAGGCAUUCGAGAAGCACUCAAAGGUAGCCGCCGGCUACACAUCCCUGGGCAAUGUGAAGAACACGCUGAACACACCAAUGCGCGAUCUCAUGGAGAGCUUCUGGAUGAGCGAGACCUUGAAAUAUUUCUAUUUGCUGUUCAGUGACAAUCGCAAGGAGAUCGACCUGGACAAAUGGGUCUUCAACUCGGAGGGUCAUCCACUGCCCGUGUACGAGAACUAGCUUUAAAAACAAACGCGACCACAUUUGCUGCAUCAAUACCAUCUAAGAUAGUCCAUAAGUCUAUGAUGAAAACCCUCAAAAACUGUGGCAAUUUGGCAGUACUCUCUUAGUCGUAGUGAAGCGCAAAUGCCAAAUACAAUGCCAAGCUUAGGAUGCAAAACAUAGAUAAAUGCACUUGGCCAAUAUGUAAUCAAGAUUUGUGUGAUAUUCGUACUGAGUUACCACAUUAUUAUUAUUAUUAUUAUUUAUUUAUUUAAUUGUCGUUAGCACCGAAAACAAUGUUGCACACCAACUGCCGCAAUGUUGAUAAUUAUAGCAAUAUUUAACUGGUAGGUACUUAGUACAUGUUUAUGUAAAUUCCCAUAUGGUAUUCGAUUUGUAAAAGCCAACAAAAAAAAAAUGUAGUCCGGUUUUUAACAAAAUAAAUAACAACAGAAAAAAAGGGUAUUGAUUAAAUAAAAUGCUUGAUAUUGUAAGUAUCUCUGUACUUACGUCGAUAAAUCUGAAAAUUGCCACUUGCACAUGGCGGAUAAUAAAAGACUCGUAAUUUAAAAUUG